GAAACACAUUAGAUACUUGCCAAAAAUGCCUAAAUAAUAUUUUACCAUUUCAAACGCUUGAUGAUUUAGAAUAUCAAUUCACUGUUCUAAAUGGAAAUAAUGUCAGUGAAAAAGAUAUGGAUAGGCUAAAUAAUCUAAAGUUCAACCCUUAUGAUGCAAGUAGUGACAUUGCGUUAUCUGAAAACAACACAAAUCUAGAAAACUCGUCUAAAAUAGAUUGUGAGUAUUAUCUACAAAGUGAUUUCAAUAAACAACUAAAUAAA